GCAUUUAACAGGUAGAUACAUAUGAAACAAACAACACACGAAUUGUGCGAAAAAUAAAAGAAAAGUUAAAAUACAAUGGCUACAGAAGAGCACCAACGUCUGGCCAAUAUUGUAAAAAAUUGCCAUGACAAUCUGCGUCAGCUUACAAAGCUAUAUGGCGCCGAGCGUGCUUGGCAAGAACACACUAGCGCCCAAAAUGCUGCACAGCUAAAGGAAUACGCUGCUGCCAUGCAACAGCUGGCCGAAAUUUGGGAGACGAAUACCAAUAAUAAAGAGCUACAGGCACGCAGUCGCAUCAAAUGGACCGUGGACUAUAUAACCAAGUAUUUCUACACCGAGGGUAUUUAUCUACAGAAGCGACAUCGGGAACAGCGUUUACUGGAGUCGUACGAAGAGCUUAAAGCAGUUGACUGCAACUAUAUGAUAGAGCCAAGGGACACUUUGCGUGUGCUUGAUGUAGGCAGCUGCUUCAAUCCAUUUGGGAAUACACCACACUUGGAUGUAACAGCUAUAGAUCUGUGCCCAGCACCAGAGUCUAACGUGCUGCAAGCAGAUUUCUUAUACGUGGAGCUGGAUGCCACUCUAACCCAACCAGAGAUUAAGGAUCGUGUUGUCAGCCGUCUACCUGCAGGCUUCUACGAGUGCGUCAUAUUCAGUCUACUCUUGGAGUAUAUGCCCAGUGCUGAGCAGCGUUUGUUGUGUUGUCAAAAGGCCUACGAUCUAUUGAGUCCCGAGGGCAUUCUAGUCAUUAUAACGCCGGAUUCGCAGCAUGUGGGCAAGAAUGCCAGUAUAAUGAAAAACUGGCGGUAUACCUUGGCCAAGUUGGGACUACUGCGCGUGCGUUUCGAAAAGCUACCGCAUAUCACCUGCUUGGUUUAUCGCAAAGCCAUCAGCAAGGAAUUGGCCCAACAUUGGGGAUCUCUACAUCGGGAACACUGCAUUACCGAGGCUAUAAGCAUUCCACAAGAUGCAAAUUAAUUACAUCAGCGAGAGCAUUAGCAUUCCGCAAAUUAAUUACAGUUCUAAGUUUAUUCAAUAUAUCGUACACUUACAUAUUAAAUU